ACUGUUGAUCCACACUCCAGUUCAGUAGGUGGCGGAAGUGCACCUUAAGCUGGCAUGCAAACCACCAAUAAAGUACCAAGGAGAAGAAGACGACGCGCAGCGGAUGUAAACAAAGCAGCAGGUCAGCGUGAGGUUCGGAGGUACGGUCUGGGUUGACAGCCGCGGAUCUUCAGUACUCACAGGGACCAGAGUACUUUCAGAUUAGGCUAAUGCCAGCUCGUAUCCGCGUAAAGACACAAAAUGGCGUCUCUGAGGAAACAUCUUGCCAAGUUUUCAGUGGAAGCUCACGACCUGUAUCUGAACCAAUCAGUGCCUUACCUGGAAGAACCACCUGACCCGCUAGAGUUCUACCGCGACUGGAUUUGUCCAAACAAGCCCUGCAUUAUCCGCAACGCCUUCAGUCAUUGGCCAGCUCUGUCCAGGUGGACGCCAGAGUACCUGAGGGAGAAGGUGGGGUCAAAGGUCAUCAGUGUCGCAGUGACCCCUAACGGCUACGCUGACGCUGUUGCUGGCGAUCGCUUUGUGAUGCCGGAGGAGAGACGCAUGAGUUUUUCUUCAGUUCUCGACAUCAUGGAGGGAAAGGUGGAGAAGCAUGGAGUGUUCUAUGUUCAGAAGCAGUGCUCCAACCUGCUGCAGGAGCUGCCCGAACUCACAGACGACCUGGAGCCUCAUGUGUCCUGGAUGAGCACCGCGCUCGAGUGCACUUCAAGUGAUGUCAGCAUACUACAGACAUACAGUCAACAGUCAUCAAUAGAGAUGCACUGAUCGAUCGGCAGAGACCGGACAUGGCCGGUUUUCAGCACGACCGGUCUUGACCCCAUUCUGUGCAGUCAGACUUAGAGGCACGUCAGUCCACAUCACUCAUGCAGUGGCACAGAGCAGAAGUGUCACUUGUGCAGCAUAUACCAUCUCACGUGCGCCUUGAGCAAGGCAUGCGCUUGUGUCUAUACCGAGUGCCUGUUCACUUGUUCACUGGAAGCACUUGGUGUACAAACAGAGCACAGAGUACACGCAGAAACAACACUGGAGAAGUGAAACCAUGUCCAAAUCUCUGACCAACGGUCACAGUGAAGGAAUUACUGACAUGUGAAUGCACAGAGUAUCCAACAUGUGGUAAAACACAGCAAAUACAAACUACACACACUUUAAAAAGAACUGCAUGCUCAGUAGUAACGGACAUUCUUUUG